UCCCUCGCCGUUCAUCGCCUUCGACAUCCACCCCCCCGUCAGAUACUGAUGGCCCUCGGUUCCUCCAGACGCUCCAUCCACGGCCACACCAUGUCGCCCUCGUCUUCCCCCCCUGUCGACCUGUCCCCUCCCCUUCUUUGCCCCUGCAAAGCCGCUGUGCUGAUCUCCAUGUUGUGGACUUGAACUUGUGGUUGAGAGGAGCUGCACCAGACAGGCCCCGGUUGCCCUUCUGCAUUUCUAGUGAGAUGGCCGCCUCCUCAUAAUUGAGUCCCUUGCCCGCUCUUCCACAAACCACAAUCCGCAUCCAGACGUUUGGCCCACGAGUCUCCUCCCCUUCCAUCUUCUUACUCAAUAGAUUGCUUCGAUGUGCUCAAUAAGGCAGCAUUAACACUUCUUUCCAAACCCUUUUUCAAUUCGAUUCCACUUUAUUCUCUUCUUUCAUCAUCAUGACUUUACCCGUCGCAUGUCCUCCUCAUUCUUCGUGUUCGUCGGACCCGCCGACAGUACCACAGCGCAAGCGACGUCGACGAGCACCAGCUAGCGGUGCCUCGGACGACUGUUUCGCGUGCACCAAGAGAAGUGUCAAAUGCGACCGACGACGACCAUAUUGUUCACAAUGUCUAGAAGUAGGGAAGGAAUGUUCAGGAUACAAAACCCAAUUGACUUGGGGAGUGGGUGUGGCGAGUCGAGGAAAACUCCGAGGACUUUCUCUUCCAGUUGCGCGGUCUGCUCCUGCACCCAAGAGUCCCCCCGCAAAUCGACCACGAGCGGCCUCCACGAUCUCACGAAUACACGAAAGUAACGACGAAAAUGUCAAGAUCAAGAUGGAAACGCUGGGUUCCAUCCCCGCGAAUCCCUUCACGAACUAUGAUUUCAUCAAUAUGGCGCCCAAUGGAGUGGCGCCGCCCAUGCAAAUGCCAGAAUGGAAUAUGGCUGUCCCCCAUGAAUAUCCUCUCCAGGAUUACCACCAAGAUGCGAUGAACCAUCAGAGACAGCUCCCACAGUUGCACCGACUUCACACUCUCAGCAUAGGCAGAAACGAAGGGUUGGGACUCUCAAGUUCCAUCGACUCCAUGAGCAACUACGCCGAGAGCGACUACGCAUCCCCCAUCAGCCAGUCAUUCCCUGAAGAAGUUCCAUAUCUACACAGUCCCCUUCCUAUGUACAACAGCUACUCGUCUCGAAAUUCCAACGCAGACAGCCCAGUCGCCGGGUUGGUUGGAGAUUCACGUGGUCCCACGUCCUGCCCCGACAACUACUACGCGCAGUCGGAAAUCAGUUCGAGCAUCAGUUCUCACCAGAAUCAGUACGAUGUCUCUGAAGGCCGCCAGCAGCAACAUUCGCCAUCUGCAAACGAAUUAUUCUAUGAUGACGAUAUGCUGGGGGUCUCUCGCGGGCCCAACGACAUGGAGCUGUAUGCGACCAGCGCUCGAUCAAGUCACUUCGGAUGGACGUCGAUUAAUGAAGAUGAUGCCGCAUCCCAAGCUGCCUCCGAUGCUGCAGACAACUACCACAUGGCGGGCAACGAAUCAAUGUCGUCGUCACUCACGGCCGAGAUGUCACCCCGGGUCUCAUUCUUCCUCGACUACUAUGAGAAGAUCAUCUGUCCCUCCGUGGUCGUUAUCGACAGUCCCAGUAAUCCAUACAGAGAGCACAUCUUGAGCCUCGCUUCGUCGAGUAAGAGCUUGCAACAUGCUAUCUGCGCCCUGGCAGCAUGCAAUCUUCGUAUGAAGCGCAAACAGUCACUCGGACAGGAUCACUGGCGUCAACCUUUGGAAUUGGAGUUCCAGGAUCGUAUCAAUGGCGGCACCUUCAGACCUGUACCUUCUCGACGAACUUCAAAUUACCCCAUGUCACCCGAGGCGCAACCUCAAGACUCGUCUCUGCAAGAGGAGUACCAGCAUCGAUCAUUAGCGGUCCAUCUCCUCAACCAGCAAUUGAGCUAUCCGACCAAAGCCCGUCAUGAUUGCGUUCUUGCAACUUUGUUCAUUCUGUGCCAUUAUCGCAUGUGCGAGUCUGGUGUCGCACAAUUCCGAACUCAAUUCGCAGGGGUGAAGAAGAUCCUUGGCAUGCGCGACUCGGGUGUCGAAUCCGGUAACUGGGGCUGGAUGGAAACUCUCUUCACAUACUUCGAUGGCAUCGCAGCCAGCAUCAACGACCGAGAAGCCCAGCUCCGAGGCGGCUACCUGGAAAUGAUAGCCAACCCCUCAAACCCCAACCAUGCCCUCGAGAACCUCGCCGGCUGCGACUCCAUCCUCUUCAAAACCAUCGGCAAACUAGGUCGCCUGAACAUGCUCUGCCAACACCGCCCCGUCCUCGACGACAUGACCUCCCCCAUCGCCCCCGUCCGCCGCCCCGCCCCACCUCGUCCUCGCCCCGGCCUCGCCGGCCAAGCCCUCGUCGAUUUCUACAACCUGCACGCGCACAACUUCGACGGGAACGGCUUCGCAUCCACCCUCGACGACGAAGCGUCCUUCCCGCACCUCGCGUCCCCGACCUCCCACGACGACCUCCGCACCACCUUUUGGACCGAAUGGAAAGCCGCCCGUCUCGCGCUCCAGGAAUGGGAAUUCGACCCCUCGCGCCUCGUCGCCACGCUCCCGACGGCUCCCUCCCCGACUCAGCUGAGAGACUUCGGAUACAUCUCCGAAGCGUUCCGGUACGCGGCUCUGCUGUACACGGAGCGUCUGGCUUGUCCGAACUUGCCGUCCUCGCACCUCAAUUUCCAGAACCUGGUCUCGCAGGUCCUGUUCUACGUCACGUCUCUAGACCAGGGUUCCGGGUGCGAGAAAUUCCUGUUGUGGCCGCUGUUUAUUAGCGGGAGUGAGUGCGUGAAUGAGUUGCAGCAGAGUAUUGUAAGGACGAAGUGUAGAGAAAUUAUGGGGCGGAGCGGAUACCUGAAUAACCUCGCUGGACUGGAAGUCCUCGAGAAGCUGUGGAAAGAGAAAGAGGAAGGCGGGGUGGAGGGGAGAGGCGGAGGUGCGUUCGGCGUCCCGUUUAGGUGGACCAGGUUCAUGGAGGGGAGUGAAGGGGAGUGGAUUAUGGUUUGAGAUGAGGAUGAUGAUAAGCGACGAAGAAUCACGAUGCAUUUUAUAUCUUCCCUUUUGUUGUCAUGGAGAAGGAGGAGGAAGAGGAGGAUAUAUAUCUCACA